AUGGCAAAAUUCAUGGUCCUGUCUGAGGGGCGGCGCAAAAGGCCAACAGUGUCAUGUACUCUGUGUCGGAGACGCAAAAUCCGAUGUAAUCGAGAGAGACCCUGCAGCAAUUGUCUGCGGUCCAGAAGCGGCGCUUGCGUCUACGAGAAUCAGGGUCCUCGGCCUCACUCUCCUGGCUACUCCCCACAGCACCACGCUGGCCAAGGUCUCACGGUCGAGAGCGAAGAGUCGAUGCAAAUAGGCAGUGCAUCCGGUGAUAGUCUGUCAACUCCUCCAGGCCACUUACUGAGCUCAGUGGCGGCCGAUAUCUCGAAUGUAUCGAGGCCCCCGAGCGAGCAUCCUAGUCAAGAUGCCGAGAUGACACAGUUGAAACUAAGGAUUCAACAACUUGAGAAUCAGCUGGCCCAAGCAAAUGCCAGGCCGAACCAGCCGUCCCAUGAUUUAGAUCCCGACUCGGAUAUCGAGACAAUGAGCUCACGUCUGAGCGGAACGCUUCAUAUCCAUCGUAAGAGAGGCGCAUUGGGCCAGCCGGAGCCCAUCCCUUACAAUGUGAGCCUCAAGACACGCUUGUUCGGCCAAAGUCAUUGGGCCGUCAGCGGUGUCUGUCUGGUUCGCGACAUCUUCAGCAUCAAGAAGUGCAAAGACUUGGCUCGGAGCAUCAAAGCGGCACGAGCGCCUGCAUGGCCUUCAUGGCCUUCACCCCCGACGUCCACACUGCCUCCUAAAGAGAUAGCGGAUGCACUCGUCGAUAAUUACCUCCGAACAACUGAGGCUAUCUAUCGAAUCCUACACAUCCCCGCCUUUCGCAGAAAGUAUGAGGCGCUCUGGAUAUUGAAUGAAAGGCCCGACAUGGCCUUCUUGAUGCAGGUUAAGCUUGUGCUUGCCCUCGGCGCUGUAACCUACGAUGACCGGUUCUCGUUGCGGGCCUCGGCCAUUCAAUGGGUCUACGAGGCUCAGCUUUGGAUCUCGGGUCCAAAGUACAAGUCAAGGCUGAACAUUCAAUCUCUCCAGGCCAACCUGCUGCUUUUGUUCGCGCAGGAACAAGUCGGAUUCAGUGGGGAUUUACCUUGGGUAUCGGCCGGCGCUCUGCUGCGGAAAGCGAUCUACAUGGGCCUGCACAGGGAUCCCGGCCGCCUACCCCAGAUGACGACUUUUGUAAUAGAAAUGCGUCGACGACUCUGGAACACAAUUCUCGAGGUCAAUCUGCAGUCUAGUUUAACCUCUGGUAGUCCUUCCUUACUAUCUCUCAACGACUUCGACACGGCCGCUCCUACCAACUUUGACGAUGAGCAGCUCGAGGCUCAGGAUCCAGUUCGGAGACCGGAAGGAGACUUCACCAAAGUCUCCAUGGCGGUGGCACUCCGCAGGACCUUCCCCUAUCGCCUUGCCGUGGUUAAAUUCUUGAACGAUUUGGCCUCUCCCGGCACAUAUGAGGAGACACUCCGGCUCGAUGCAGACCUCUCCGGCGAAGGGCCCUCUCAAUUCGAAAUUCAGGCCGUGGAUCUCCUCAUGCACCGCUAUUUUUCUGCUCUGCACAUUCCAUUCUUCGGCCAGGCACGGCACGGGGCCGCCUACGUCUUCUCACAAAAGCCGGUGGUCGAGUCGUCGCUUAAACUGUGGCGAGCUGCGUGUCCGUCCCCAUCGCCGACGACCGUUGCUCGCACCAGCGACGCGGCUCUGUUGUACAGUAACGAUCUGCCGCGACUCGUCACCUGCAGCUCGGGUUUUUACCCGAGCGUGGCCAUACAUGCUGGCUCUCUCAUUGGGAUAGAGCUGUGCACCCAGUUACAGGAGGACGACGGUCUCUGUCCUGCUCCGUUGCGGCCAGACCUUCUUUCGGUGUUGGAGGAUGCAAAGGGAUGGUGCUUGAGGGCCCUCAAGGCCGGUGAGACCAAUGCCAAAGGCUACUUGCUCAUGAGCAUCGUUUCGGCCCGGGUCGAAGGACUGAUGCGCGGCCUUGGAGAGAGGGAGGCCACCACGCAACUGGUCAAAGCCGUCGAGAAUGCUGGAGAGAAAUGCUUGCCGAUCUUAGAAGAGAUGGCAGCCUCGAUCCAAGAGCUGAGGGGAGGACCCGUGGACGACAUAGCAGUCGAGAUGACGAAGGACUGGAACUUUCUAAUUCCUGAUGUGCCUUUCAACUCGAGUGACACCGAGCCAAUGAGCUGGAUCUUACCACUCCACCUAGACCAUUACAGAUUUGGCAGUUUACCUAUGGGGUUUCUCACAUGCGACGACCAGUCUCUCAAGAUCUGA